AUGGGACAGUCAUCCAGCCAAUUAAGAAAGCAGAGCUCUGAGCCUCCGCAUCUGGUUUCAAUCUGUAGCUUGCCACGGGGAUCUGGGUUUGGACUGCUUUAUAAGCUCCCUCAUCAGCUUACAGUUGCAAAACUCAGGAGCCAUAAUCUCCCGGCAAUUUUCCAGUACCCAGAUGCAUCCUUCACAAGUCACUUUCUGCGACUGGUGAGACGCUUUACCCAUAUACCGCAUUUUACGAGCCAUCUUUCAGCCAUUCCGCCGAAAACAAUGCCGUCCAUUUUAAACGUCGCACAUAUGUGCUCGCACCUUCAGAAUGCUUCAAAAUCACGUCUUGGUAUUACAUCUGUGAAGAACUCGAAAUACAAUCUGCAUCUCGCGCUCGCUAUGCAUCGCUCUGGCUUCUUUUCAGCCGUAUAUCGGGCCGGUCCUCAUCCGCCAACAAUGGAACAAAUGGUAUCGGAGACUCCAGAGCAAGUCACCAGCGCAAAUGUUUCUAGAAUGAGGAUAUGGCUCGGGAUGAAAUAUUGGAAUGGAAAACCGGUCCUGUCGAAAGCUCAUCUUAUCAGCAAGCCAUCCAGAUUGAUGACUGCCAAUAUAGACGAACUGGGUAGGUUGACAAGAGGAUUCCCUGCCAACUUGAAAGGGGGCGUGGUGCCGGGCCUGAAUUUGGGCGAAUGUAUGUUUGUGGCGACGUCUCGUGGUGUUCUGGAAGCAAGAGAAGCACUUGCGCGGAAAGUUGGCGGGCUCCUUAUUUGUCGGGUGUCAUGA